GUGAACUAUCCCUUUAAAUUUAACCAGUGCAACCAUGUUGUCACAAUUCUUCGACACAAAGGGAGUGGAUCUGCCAUCCCUUCCCCCAUCACCACCACCACCAUCAUCAUCAUCAUCACCGCCGCACCAGUGAACACCAGGCUCGGUACAUCAGUUCACCGUGAUGGCAAAUGAAUUCCCAAAAAACAGAGAAGCAACUGCCAACUCACGCCAUGCCAACCUCACGUCGUCUCUAGACCUGAGCACGUCCCUAGAUCACAGUGUGCAGACGCGGAUCUUUAAAAUCAUUGUCAUCGGAGACUCAAAUGUGGGCAAGACCUGUUUAGCCUUCCGCUUCACCGGCGGAGCCUUCCCCUGUAAGACUGAAGCCACCAUCGGCGUGGAUUUCAGGGAGAAAGCCGUGGAGAUCGAGGGCGAGAAAAUAAAGGUACAAGUAUGGGACACAGCGGGCCAGGAGCGCUUUCGGAAGAGCAUGGUGGAGCACUACUACCGCAAUGUGCAUGCUGUCGUAUUUGUAUACGACGUCACAAAAAUGGCCUCAUUCCAGAAUCUAAAGACCUGGAUUCAGGAGUGCAACGGGCACAGGGUGUCAUCCUCGGUGCCUCGUGUUCUGGUGGGUAACAAAUGUGACCUAGUUGACCAGAUCCAGGUCCCUUCCAACACUGCCCUCAAGUUUGCCGAUGCCCAUAGCAUGCUACUGUUUGAAACAUCAGCCAAAGAUCCCAAGGAGAGCCAGAAUGUGGACUCCAUUUUCAUGUGCCUGGCGUGUCGUCUAAAAGCCCAAAAGUCCCUGAUCUACAGAGACGUGGAGAGAGAAGACGGCAGAGUGAGGCUGACACAUCAGCCCGACCCUAAGAGUAACUGCCCGUGUUGAGGACCUUAAACUGUGAAAUUAUUAAGAUUGAUAAUUCACAAUGCAAGGAUGUGCCUGCAACUAAUUUUAGUUACAUUAUGACCGCUGCUCCAUGAACUGUUUGUUUUUUGAGUGUGCUUAUCUAUCAUGUUCUUUUUUUCAAUUACACCAUCACUAAAAAGGCAAAUCCCACAAAACCUGUCAAGAACAUGUUCAAGUCAUCUCAAAAUCAAAAGAAAGAAAUGAGAAAUGACAUUUUGCUGACAGAAAAUGAUGCCUAUUAAUGACAAUUAAGCACACUUUCCCCAUUACUGCAAUGAAAAUCAUUACCGUAAUGCAAAAUAUUUAUAUAUAUGUACUUCCUUUCAUUUAUGCUGAUUUAAAUAAAAAAAUUGUAUUACAGUAGUGAAACUCUAAUGACAAUCAGUUUUAAAAACAUCUAAACU